AUGGCGGCUGCUGACAAUGUACCGCUUCCCCAACACCGACUUUCCGGCCCGUCUAUACCUGCCUCCGAUCUGAUCCUUCGCGAGAAGCAAUACCUUUACUCCUUCAUACUCAUCGUCGCCUUUUUAUCAUGUGUUGCAUGGUACAGUGUGGACCAUGCCAAGAAGCAGGAAAGCAUUCUGCAAUUGCAUGGAAACGGCCCAGGCGGGAAGCCCUUGCCCGUCACGAAGAAGAAGACCAAAGACGAUGGCGAGAGAACGCUUGGUCCCCACUUUGGCCCAGCUGCCAAAAACGUCUUUCGCUAUCUGACUGCAAUCAUCUUCCUCUCCUAUGUUGCCUCCGGCGUCUGCAUGUUUGACCACGCAUUCUACCACGACAACUCCUACAAGUGGUCCAAGGAAGGCCUCUCGUGGGCUGGGGAGUGGACUGUAGUCCACAUUAUUGGCUCUACCUUCUUCUACCUCUCUAUCUUUUUUUCUCUUUUCGACUGGAAAGAGGGUCCCAACGGCGUCCACCUCUUGAUCUGGGUCCUAGGCCUAGUAGGCGAGCUCAUUUUCUUCUCAACAACCUUCAAGACUGCCGCCGCAUGCCGCCUUGCCAACCCUGAAUCGCAAACGGGAGAGAAAGACUGCUUCGAUCGCUGGAUCAAACUCGACUUGAUCCUUUACUUUGUCCGUAUUCUCCACCUGACAGCCCUCAUUAGGGUUCUUAGCGUUGCUUCGAUCUGUAAAGUACGAUCAAAAGGCCCUGAGAAGCUUGAAGACGGCUUCGACCAUGAGCACACCCAGCUUCUGAAUGGCCACCAGUGGUCAUAUGACUCUCAAAAUGGCGAUGCCAAUACAGCAGGACCGAACGGACGCGACUCAAACACUCGCUGGUAUCAAGGCCAGAUCAUGUCCGGCGCAGCCAAAUACCCAGCGCCCACUUCACGCAAAGACAAUAACGCCACGUUUUAUCGACCACAAAAGAUUCCCCACCGGGCAGAUCCAAAUCCGCACCGCAUCGCAUGCCCGAUAUCUUCGAGGGUCAACUCCUGCGAACAGAGUUUUUGCGCGAUUGAGAUGCUGUAUCCCAAGCGCAAGGACAGACGUCGGUUCGAACACGCACACCUCAGGUUCCUGCAGUGGUGGCCUGACCGAGGUCAAAUCGACUCAUUGCUGGAUCCAUCCAGGAGACCACUUCGCUCCCAGAUAGAAAGCUAUCUGGACAAUCUCCAGUCUUCCUUGGUGUAUGAGGGGCUUGGGUGUCGAGUGGCCGCGUACCGAGAAAAAAGAGGGAAUCCCGAGUUCGACCGUGAGGUGGUUGAGUUGAUCCGGGCUGAGUUUCCUCACCUAAAGCCGGGACUCGCUAAUACAAACGGUUCUUGGUGGCAAAAGGCGGGCUUCAAGUUGUUCGAGCCACACGGAGCAGUACAGAGUCGGGAAACGGCGUCAGAUGAGCCUGCUGGCCUGUUCAAAGCUUUAGCAGAUGCUAUCCUCUUCACUCACUACAAGACACUAUACGAGCGAGACUAUGGCGAGCAAGCGCGCAGGGAUGCGCAGGACCCUGAGAUUGCGUCUAUGAGGCUGCUCGUCGAGCAGGGCAGUGCACCAGCAGCCUGCAACCCAGAGGACCAGUCCGACUGUCCCAUUUGCGGGGAGACAUGUUCCAGCCCGUCUUCAGGCAACCUGGGCCCGGAUGAACGCCAUUUCUUGCAUAUAGCGAAACCUUCAGAGCAGCCUAGCAGCUCGCCUGACCAAAACGAGCCAGGGACUGCUACAUCUGUCGAGUGCGCAGCAGACGAUGGAAACUUGCGAGUCGACGACUGCGCCGUGAGGCACAUGCUUGAACUCUCCUACAAGUUCACGAACUCGAGCUUGAGCGCUGGAUCAGGCUAA